AUGGAUAAUCACAUACAUUCGUUAAAAUCUAAUCUUAGACGCAAGGCAGUGAAAUCAGUGUUUAAUUUACUGCAAGAUAUUGAGAAUGCUGACCGGAUUGAUGACAGCCAGUUUGGCCGGAUGACUAACGACUAUCAAAACACCAUGCAAGUUGCAGUACAAAUGAGGUCACCUGACGCCCAACCUACAGGGCCCACAGACCUGCCGAGCGGUUUACGGCCUGUACCCACUUACAACCCAGUGUCCAGCCAACCAGUCAGUCAUCAGUCAUCCGGCCAAACUGGCUUUCAAAACACCAUGCAAGUUGCAGUACAGUCACCUGAUGCCCAGCCUUCAGCAUUUGAAAGGGAGAUUCUUAUACAAGUGAACACCAUCCGGGAGACCCAGCUGCUAAUCCUCAUGCAGCUACAACAGCUCAGUAACACCAGGGUCAGUGGGGCAGCUCCUGACCCAAGAGAGUUUAGGCUCCCUCUCAAGACACCAGAAGACCUUAAACACCUUGAGCAAAUCUUACAGACAGAGGAGGAGAAGAAGAAGAACUUGACUGUUCUCCUGGGAACGGUGGGGGGCAUGUCACUUAAAGAUACAAUCUGGCGUAUCCUGAAAAGAACAAUUGACACCUCCUUGGCAAAACAUACGAACUGGAGUGGGUCGAAUCAAAAAGUAGCCUUUAAAGGCCUGCUUUUAAAAAAUGUGAUCGUGGGGCCCCUUGCUGAGAACACAUCAGUCCAGGAGCACCCAGCUCUUGACAUACAGGGUGAACCAGUCUACCAGGCAAAUAUCCUCAACUCAAGACAAGGAGAAGGACAAAUCGAGUACCUGGUAGAUUGA